CAGAAAUCAACAAAUGGCUCAUCUGAGCUUUCAAGUUUAUUAGUGUCAAUAUUUGAGCUCUAUUUAAGGAUGUUAAGUUUAUCAGAUGUACUCUACGUGUAGAUGGCAGAAUCUUUUCGUUAGCCAGGAACAACGAGGGUUUUUAACUACCUAGCUUCACUACAACUGCAAAUGUAUGGUUGAUCGAUGGCCUCUUGGGAAAACAUAUUUAAGUUAUUGUAGUUCACUUGGGAAUUUAUUCGAAUUUGGUUUUCAUCACUGGAGAAAUAGAUGGAUGACUGAUUGGUAAAAAAAGGUUGACAAGGGAUUUUUCAGUUAUGAUCUGUACAGUUUAACUGUUUUGAGAGAAGUUGUAUCACUGUUGUUAGCGUGACUUUUUAAGGUACUGGAAAUAGACGUGAAUGUCUUACAAUGUUUACAAGAGAAAAAGUGAAAGUUGACCCAGCCAAAAUCACUAACAAGAAAGGAAGAAAGGGAAAAAGUUCCAAAGCAGCUUGGGAGACGCUUCUUUCUGGCUCCCAAAAUGAUUCUUCAGGAAACAUUAAUGGUAGAUCACCUUCCCCAGACAAGAGGAAUGGAUACAAGCAUGUGCAAUGGUCUGAUGAUGAUGACGAUGAAGAAGAUGACUAUGAUAAAUAUAACUCAUCCAUAACGCCAAAUGCUUCUCUAAACUUUUCUGGUGAUCGAUCACAAAGUUUUGAAAGCUUGUGGCGGGCUGCAGCUAAUGGAAGAUCCAGUUCAUCUUUGAACAGAAGCUUUGAAUCUCAACGCAUUCCCAUCUCUGACUUUCAGGUGCAUACUGGCCAACCGCCAAUACCCAAAGAAAUUGUUGCUAAAAUACGAGAAGGAAGAUAUAUCAACUUUCAGGAAAUUCUUCCAGAAAACCUUGAAAGAGAAACUACUGACAGCUACAAAUCCAUUGAUGAGACUGAAAGAGUGGAUGACAUUACUAAAUGGACUGAUUGCAUGGCUGCUUAUAUUGCAGUGUUUACAUGUGAUCAUCCCAAUCGUAUAAGAGACUUAUUGGCAUAUCAGGGUAUUAUAACUAAGUUAUACCGUGAAUGCCAAGAUAAGAGAGCUUGGCAAAGGUAUGAUGUAGCAUUCAGGCGUAAAGCAUCCCAGAAUGAACUGAAGAACUGGAGCACAGUGGAUGAGAACCUUUGGAUUAUGGCAUCAUCUAGGGAUGCACGAAGAGCUGUCCUUUGCAAGGCUUGUCUUUCUUUGGCUCAUGAUCAAGCUUCUUGUCCAUUUGUUCCCAAAGAGGAAUCUUCAAGAAAGCGGCACUCUUGGUUGUCUAAGUCUGCAAAGAGAGAGACAGUGUCAGAGGAAGAGCGUCCACGAUCAGUCAGUCCAACAAGAGGAAAGAGGGGUCCUAAUGAAGGCCUUGAUCUCAAAUUUGCAUUUGGGUAUCAUGGAUACAAUGCAUGUAACAAUUUAUUCUACACUCAGUCAAAUGAAAUAGUAUUUCAUGUGGCAGCUCUUGGAAUAGUAUACAGUCCAGCCAGUCAUCAGCAGCGCUUUUACAAGGGUCACACAGAUGAUAUUCUGUGUCUGACAAUUCAUGAUGACAAAGACUUUGUAGCUACAGGACAGGUGGGAAAACAGGCAGAGACUCAUGUUUGGGAUGCCAGUUCCAUGAGGACUGUGUCUGUGCUGAAAGGCUUCCACAGGAGAGGCGUCAUAUGUGUUGACUUCUCAGGAGAUGGAAAGAAAUUAGCUGAUGUGGGCUUGGAUGAUGACCAUAGCAUCUGUAUUUGGGACUGGAAAAAGGAAGAGAAACUGGCAUCAACAAGAGGUCACAAGGACAUGAUCUUUGUUAUUGAAUGGAAUCCUUUCAACAUAAACUACCUGGUGUCUGUUGGAGAGAAGCACAUCAAAUUCUGGACACAGAAAAAUUCAAAGCUAGAGAAGCGUCCUGUGACAUUUGGUAAAGCUGGUACUGCUGCAACUAUGCUGUGUGUUUGCCAUAGUCCUACAGAUGACUUGUGCUUUACUGGGAGUGAUACAGGACUAGUAUAUGUGUGGCAAGGAACCACUCUUCGUCGCUCAGUACAAGCACACAAAGGACCUGUUUGUGCCAUGUACUCACUCAGCCAAUUCAAACAACAGGGCUAUGUGACUGGUGGAAGAGAUGGUGUGGUUACUAUGUGGGAUCCACUUUUUGAACAAUGUCUUAAAGCUUUCAAGGUGGAAGAUGCUGCCAUGAAUCCAGGCUCAGUUCUUUUGCAGAAUUUGCCACCUGUUAGAGCCUUACACACUGAUGAAGGAAAAAUACUUAUUGGCACUGGAAAUGAUGAAAUCAUUGAAAUUGAAGAAGAUGGCAAGAUGACAAUUUUGGUGCAGGGCCACGGUGAAGGGGAGGUGUGGGGCCUAGACACGCAUCCAGCAGAUGAUGAGUGCAUGACCGUCAGUGAUGACAAGACACUUAGAGUCUGGGACCUAACUAAACUGAGACUAAAAAAGGUAAAGAAAUUAAAGAAAGGUGGUCGUGCUGUGGCAUACUCCCCAGAUGGUACUACUGUGGCUGUGGGUCAGAACGACGGGGGUUUCCUCAUUUUAGAUGCGGAAUCAUUGGAAAAGAUUGUUGGAUUCAAGGACAGAAAGGAGGGCAUUUCCGAUAUCAAGUUUUCACCUGAUGGUAAGUUAUUAGCGGUCGGUUCACAUGACAACUUUGUGGAUAUCUACAGCGUAAGGCGAGGCAGACGGACUGGUGUCUGUAAAGGAAGCUCUAGUUACAUCACUCACUUGGACUGGGACACUAAAGGAAAGCUUAUUCAAACCAACUCCGGAGCCCGCGAACACUUAUUUUACGAGGCGCCAUUCGGCAGUCGAAAGACCAUCAGUGUUCCGGAUAUUGAGAGAUUGCAGUGGUCCACGUUCACUUGUGUCCUGGGUCCAACUGUUAAGGGUGUUUUCCCGCCCGGAAGUGACGUCACUGAUGUCAACGCCACCUGUCGCUCUAAAGACGGAGGCUUAUUGGCCAGUGGUGAUGAUUUUGGUCUAGUGAAGCUUUUCGAGUACCCAGUGUCGCAUCGUGGGGCACGUGGUCGGAAGUAUGGAGGUCACUCCUCACACGUGACAAACGUUCGGUGGAAUUAUGAUGACCGCGUACUUGUGUCAACCGGAGGUCUGGAUACCGCCGUGCUGGUCUGGGACCGACUGGUUGUUUCAGAAGUUGAUGAACCAGAAAAAACCACGGAAGAGAAGGUUCUUGUUCAACCAAAGUUUAUCCCAACUGGACCCAUAAAGAAUCCAAUUGCAAGAGGAAAACCUCAAUGGGACUGAAGCACCUGGCUUGUAUUUAAUUCGUGGUCACUUUGGGGCUGGGUCAGUUGCUCUGCAAAUUAUUGAACAGUUUUAAUCGAGUGUC